CCAGGCAGAUAGUUCGCAACAUGGCGGCGACGGGAAACGAAGAGCAGACGUUGUUGCCAGAUAUCGAGGAGGAGGAGGCUGAGGACAUGGAAAGAGAGAUGGAGUCGGAAGAGGAGGAAGAAGAAGGAAUGGGAGUCGAGCAUUCUGAGGAGGAUGAAGCGGACACGUCUGAGGACGAGCGGGAGAAUGAAGCGGAGAUUCAGCGACUGGAGGAGCAGCUGUCGAUUAAUGCAUUUGACUAUAACUGCCACGUGGACCUGAUCAAACUUCUGCGGCAGGAAGGGAAGCUGCACAGAUUGCGCAAGGCUAGGCAGAAGAUGAGCGAACUCUUCCCACUCACUGAAGAGAUUUGGCUGGACUGGCUGAAGGAUGAAAUUCGCCUAACAGAAGACGAGUCAGACCGUGAGAAAGUCUACGAGCUGUUUGAGAAGGCUUUAAAGGAUUAUGUCUGCCCAGAGAUCUGGCUAGAAUAUGUGCAGUACUCCAUCGGAGGGAUGGGAGCCCAGGGAGGCAUUGACCGUGUCCGGUCCAUCUUUGAAAGGGCGCUGAUGGAAGUGGGCCUACACGUGACUAAAGGAUCUUCAAUCUGGGAGGCCUAUCGGGAAUUUGAGAUUGCUAUUCUCUCCACAGUACAGCCUCCUCCUGGCAGUGUUCCAUCACAGGAGCAACAGGAGCUGUUGAACGCCCAGCUUGAGCGCAUACACACACUCUUCAGACGACAGUUAGCUGUACCAAUGAUGGAUAUGGAGGGAACAUAUGCAGAGUACUCUGAUUGGGCAGAUGAUGGUGUACCUGAGACGGUCAUGCACCAGUACAGGCAUGCCCUGAAACAGAUGGAGAAAUGCAAACCUUACGAGGAGGCUUUGCUGGUCUCUGAACCUCCAAAACUGUCUGAGUAUCAAACCUACAUAGAUUUCGAGAUGAAGGAAGGAGAUCCAGCUCGAGUCCAGAGCAUAUUCGAGCGAGCUUUGGCAGAAAACUGUCUCGUCCCGGACCUGUGGAUCAAAUACACCACAUAUCUGGACCGUCAGUUGAAGAUUAAAGAGCUAGUGUUAUCUGCUCAUGAGAGAGCUGUCAGGAACUGCCCCUGGACCAUGGGUCUGUGGAAGAGCUAUAUUUUGGCUCUGGAGAGGCAUGGAGCAGAGCAUCAAACAGUAGCAGGUGUGUUUGAAAAGGCCCUGAAUGCAGGAUUCAUACAGGCGACAGAUUAUGUCGAAAUUUGGCAAUCUUAUCUGGACUACCUGAGGAGACGUGUUGAUUUCAGCAAAGAGUGGAGCAGGGAGUUGGACGAGCUGCGGGCAGCUUUCACACGCUCCCUUGAUUACCUAAAACAGGAUGUGGAAGAGAGGUUCAGUGAAAGUGGAGAUCUGUCCUGCACAAUAAUGCAGAUCUGGGCAAGGAUAGAGGCCUUACACUGUAAGAACAUGCAGAAGGCCCGUGAACUGUGGGACAGCAUCAUGACAAAAGGGAAUGCUAAAUAUGCCAACAUGUGGCUAGAAUAUUACAACCUGGAAAGGUCAUAUGGAGAUGUUGCUCACUGCAGGAAGGCCCUCCAUAGAGCUGUACAGUGUACAUCAGACUACGCUGAGCAUGUGUGUGAUGUGCUGCUCAACUUUGAAAGAGUGGAGGGCUCUCUGGAAGACUGGGACACUGCAGUGCAGAAAACUGAGACAAAAUUGAACCGAGUAAAUGAACAGAGAACAAGAGUGGCUGAAAAAGAGGCUCUCAUAGCCAGACAAGAGGAUAAUUCUGAGAACAGGAGAAAAGCCAAGGCAGAUAAAAAAUCCCAAAAGAAGAGCCAGAAAGCAAACCGAACAGGGGAUAAACGAAAAGCUGAAGAUGAGUAUGAAGAGGAAUGGGGAGAGGAUGCAGAGCUGCCAUCUAAGAGGCUCAAAGGUGAGGGGGACUUUGGCAGCAUGGCUACGGAGGAGCACAUGGAGACAGAAAGUGGGCUUUUUGUACGUCGAGCACCACCGCCACGUAAAAAUGAGCCACCUGGUUUCCGUAAGCACCAGCAGGGUGUAAAUGAAGCAGCACAGCAAUCCCAAGAUAUGUCACAGGAGCAGCGAAAAGAUGAAAAUAGUGUCUUUGUCAGUAACUUGUCCUUUAACAUGGAGGAUCCUGAGGGCAAGCUGCGAACAUUGUUUCAGAGUUGUGGGACUGUCCAACAGGUGCGACCAAUUUUUGCAGCGAAAGGUGUGUUUCGAGGUUAUUGCUAUGUGCAGUUUGAGGACCGGCUGGCUGUACCUGAGGCACUGAAGCUGGACAGACGGGAAGUGGAUGGGCGGCCCAUGUUUGUGUCACCUUGUGUGGACAAGAAUAAGAACCCGGAUUUCAAGGUCUUUAAAUACAAAACGGCAAUAGAGAAGCACAAGAUCUUUAUCUCGGGCCUGCCGUACACCUGCACUAAAGAAACACUAGAGGAGCUCUGUAAGGAGCACGGCACGGUCCGAGCCAUCCGAUUAGUCACCAACCGUUCAGGCAAACCUAAGGGUUUGGCAUACGUGGAAUUUGAGAAUGAGACACAGGCCUCACAGGCUGUCCUAAAGAUGGACGGCACCAUGCUGGAGAACUUCACACUCUCUGUUGCCAUUAGCAACCCCCCGAGCAGGAAGAUGGAAGAUAAGGCAAUGCCCAGUCGAGUCCUGGGGGGAGUGAUGCCAAGGCAACCUCAGGGAGCAAGGGGAAAAGGACGCACUCAGAUCUCUCUGCUGCCACGCUCUCUGUACCGGCAGAGCACUCCAGCUGCCAAAGCAGAGAAUGGGACCGUUUCUGCAUCAGAUAGCACAGUGACAGAUGGAGUGUGUGAAGGAACUGGAACCACAAGCCUGGAUACGCAAACUAAGUCCCUGUCCAAUGAGGACUUUGCCAGAAUGCUCCUCAAAAAAUGAAACAGUAUACAUAAUAACACAAAAAGAAUACCUGCCUUCUGACAGAAAGCCAUGCUGUGUCAAACAGCAUUUUAAUUUAGCCUACUUUCUGUACAAAUCUGACCACCCCAAAAACAUAUUAAAAAAUAUUUUAACACCACAUCCAUAGAGAUGCAAGUUUUUUUUUUUUUCUUCUUCUUUUUGCUUGGUAAUAAAGGGAUGAGUGCAGAUUUCAGAUUUUGUCAGCGAGUAUUUUUUUAACAAGCUGUUAAAUGAUAGGAACUGCUGUUUUAAAAGGUAUAUGCAAGAAUAUUUAAUAUGAAGAUAUGAUGUUAUUAUAUAAAUGGGUUUCAAAACUUAACAGCUUAAUUUCUUUCUAGGCCCCUUUGGGCAACUGAUGUGUAGAUGUGUACCUGCCUUGUCAAAGGCAAAAAUAAAAUUAAAAUAAACUUUAUUUUACUUAGUAUUAGCUGGACUGCAUGUUGUACAAAUAAUUUAUUUGCAGUACCUCGGCCAUCCAAAACAGUCUUGCAUGUGCAGAUUUUCAAUCAACUUCUGUAAUGUCUUCAUAGAGCCUGAAGACAAAAUGGAGUAAUAGAUGAUCUUGUCAGCAAUUCAAAUCCAGCAUCUUAACAACAAUACAUGUGGCUAAGGGAUUCACUUUUGUUUAUUAGACUACAGUGCUUUAACUGGAAGAUGUUCACUGUCCUGUUGAGAUUAGUCCAUUCUAUUGACAGAGUUUGAGUUUUGUCUUACAUUUUAUAUGUAUUUUCUCCAAGCACCACCCUUGAAUCUCAUGUUUAUUUAAUUGCUGACAGCUUGUAAACCUGCCUUACCUUGUGUGCUCAUUAUUGGGCUGAAGGCUGAAGCUUGUGCUCCACAGACUGAUUUUACAGACUAUACAGACCGUUGAGAAUCUAGAACUUUAAAUUCAGUUCAAAACCGCAUGCUUCUGUAAUAUUUUGAGUUCAAGAACUGGCGGAGAAGCAAAGUUGUUGCCUUACAGCAGCUGUGGAACUGUUCCCUUGAAGUUGAAGAAUCUUAGCAGCUGUAUAUCACUAGAACAUUUCACUAUGAGUUAACCUGAAUGUGAACCCAUCUAUACUGUAUUGUAUAUACACCAUAUAUCAUAGAUUAUUCUAAAUGUCCUGAAUAUUAGUAUUAAUUACUGGCUUUGAUGGGUAUGAUGGACUACUACAUCCACUAUUAAACAUUGUGACAAUAUUUUUGGUUUUUAACUUAACAGUGUCCUUACUGUCCUACACUAGAAAUUUCCAUUCUGCAUCUUUUGGUUAAGUGAUGGUUUCUUCUUCGUGUUGCCCUCCUGCAUUGUUCUUUUGAUUGUGCAUUUGUUUCUUGUUCACACCCUUUAGUGGUUGGCCAUAGUUUUGUAAAGCAUUUGUAUAUUUUGAACUAAAAUUGAAACCGUAGCUCUGUAUAUUUGCGUUAUAACACCACAGUGGCCUAAAGUAGUGAUUGAGAAAAUAAAAAUGUCAUGUUGCACUGUCUUGUUCAACAUUAAAAAUUAAAACAUAGUAUACACAUGACGUGUGCACUGAUUUUUUUUUUUUUUUUGACCUAGCAUAGAUCUGUCAUUUUUAUUUACCAAAACGUUGUCUGUGUCAUCUUUAAGCAAAUCUUAUAAUAAUUUACAAUAAUGUAUCUAUUGUAUUUCCUGUGUUGCGCAUAUAUAUAGUCAUACUGUUUUAUUUCUCCUUUUCUGGACUAAAUGGUUUAAUGAAGCAAUUAAAUGCAUG